GAGGAGGAGGAGGAGGAGGAGGAGGAGGAGAAGGAGGAGAAGGAGGUGCAGCAACCCUUUCCUCAUCCUGAGAAAGAAACAUUGCAGAAAUCCAUGAGCCUGAUGAGGCACCUCCUGGUCGACGCCCAGGCAAAAAUCCUGAAAAUGAUGGAUGACAACAAGCAGCUGGCCCAGCGAAUUGAUGGGGCCAUCCAGUCAGCCAGCCAGGAGGUGACCAACCUGCGGUCGGAGCUGAGCGCCACCAGCCGCAGACUGGCAGAGCUGGGAGCAACAGACCCCUCUGUCAACGUUCUUGAGACCCUGCAGCACAACCACAAUGAUUCUCCAUCCCAUCCAAGGCAGAAACCAUCGGCUACUGAUCUGUGCUACAAGACUGAAAUCAGCAGCCUCAUGGACUUUCAUUCUCCAGAUGCAUCGCUGGACAAAGUUCUGCUGCGUGAGGAGGUGGCGCAGCUCCAGGAGGAGGUCCACCUGCUGCGACAGAUGAAGGACAUGUUGAGCAAAGACUUGGAGGAAACCCAGGGCGGAUCCUCAGCUGAUGUGCUCUCCAUCACAGAGCUCCGUGUGCAGCUCACGCAGAAGGAGCAGGAGCUGGACCGAGCCAAGGAGGCUCUGCAAGCCAUGAAGUCUGACCGUAAGCGUCUGAAGGCAGAGAAAGCUGACCUGGUGAACCAGAUGCAGCAACUUUAUGCCACUCUGGAAAGCAGAGAGGAGCAGCUCCGUGACUUCAUUCGCAACUAUGAGCAGCACAGAAAAGAGAGCGAGGAUGCAGUAAAAGCUCUGGCCAAGGAGAAAGAUCUACUGGAAAGAGAGAAGUGGGACCUCCGACGACAGACUAAGGAAGCCACAGAGCACACAGGGAUGCUGCGCUCCCAACUUGACCUCAAAGAGAACCGCAUCAAGGAGCUGGAAGCUGAGCUGGCCAUGAUGAGUAACUGUGUCAAUCAGAGAAUGGAGUUCCGGUUGUUUGAGCGUCUUGGGGACAGGGACUACUCUCCUAGGUUCAUAGCGGCCAAACAGUCUUUAGCCACCUUAACAAAGGAUGUGCCCAAGCGUCACUCUCUGGCCAUGCCCACGGAGGCGGUCGUCAACGGCAACAAUCAAGAGUGGGUGAUGCAGGCAGAUCUGCCACUGACUGCUGCCAUCAGACAGAGUCAGCAGACUCUCUAUGUCCACACGGGCCAUCCCACUGACAGACAAGUGGCGGCUGUGCGGGUGAGCCCGUGCCACUCGCGUCAGCCCUCCAUCAUCUCUGACGCCUCUGCAAUGGAGGGGGAUCGGUCAUCCACACCCAGCGACAUCAACUCCCCACGUCAUCGGACUCACUCCCUCUGCAAUUCCCUAGAAGAUCUGGAGGAGGCGAAGCGUAAGAAGAAAAAAGAGAAGAUGGGGCUGGGCUCGCUGUCCCGUGUCUUUGCUCGGGGGAAGCAACGCAAGUCUUUGGACCCCGGUUUGUUUGAUGACUCAGAAAGCCUCUACAGUUCUGCCCACCUCAGCCUCAAUCUGUCAGAUGGGUCAGAGGACCAGCUGGACCGCCUCCAACAGGUGGAGUUGGCCAGGAUGACACCCAUGUCUCAGUGGAGAGCGGGCACCGUGCAGGCAUGGCUGGAGGUUGUCAUGGCAAUGCCUAUGUACAUUCGCACCUGCUCAGAAAAUGUCAAAAGUGGAAAGGUUUUACUGGGACUAACGGAUGAAGACCUGGAGCAGGGUUUAGGCGUCACCAAUCUGAUGCAUCGCCGGAAACUCCGCCUCGCCAUUGAAGAUUACAGAGACGCUGAUAACGGCAAAGGGCUGUCAAAGGCUGCAGAUAUGGACCACCACUGGGUGGCCAAGGCCUGGCUUAAUGAUGUGGGCCUGCCUCAAUACUCCCAGGCCUUUCAGACUCACCUCGUCGACGGACGCGUGCUGAACUCCCUGACUCGGUUUGAUCUGGAAUAUCACCUCAAUGUCACCAAAAAGUUCCACCAGGUCAGCCUGCUGCUGGGCAUCGAGCUGCUACACUUGCUCAGUUUUGAGAAGGAGGCACUUCAGGCUCGUCGGGCACAGUGUGAGCACCAAAAUGUGGACCCGCUUGUGUGGACUUCUCAUCGGGUCAUGAAAUGGAUCAGAGACAUUGAUCUCAAGGAAUUUGCUGACAACCUUCAAAACAGUGGAGUUCAUGGAGCUGUAUUGAUACUUGACCCCACAUUCAACACUGAUGCCAUGGCAACAGCUCUGGGGAUCCCCACCAGCAAGCACAUGGUCAGGCGGCACCUUGUUGAGGAGAUGAGGACACUCAUUCCUUCAGCAAGAGUUGAUGCCAAGCAGGAAUAUGAGUGUUUAGGCCUUGGAGCUCCCCCAACCCUGCUGUGCCAGAACUCCCCAGGCAAACUGCCCAGCUCCAACUGCAAACACACUGAUGAAGAGAGCCUGUUAAAAAGGAGGGCUGUGAAGCCUCCUUUAGGGUUCAGUCCCAAAAACCAUGGUGGGGGGGAUCAGAGCCGCCAUAGGACCUUUGGCUCUCUACCCCGAGAGGUUCGAGACCACACUCCGCCCAGAGCAGAGGGAAGCCCAAUCCGGGGGUGUACCAGCAUUGAAGUCACCAAUGUGUGAUGUCAUACAGCUGAACAGAAACCUCUGCCAGUCAUCAUUUCAAAGUGUUUACGGGCCGGACCCCACUUUGUGAAAGGGACAUGAGUCUUUAAAUAACAUUGCGUUUUAAGGUUAGUUGCACAUCACGUUUCAAGGGUGCUUUUUUAAGACCCCAAUGACAGUGGCACAUCGGGUUGAGCAGUCCUCUGCCAAAUGAACAGUUAAGGGUUCAAAUCCCACAUUGUAUCCUUGAACAAGACACUUUACCCAGAUUGCCAUCAAGUGUGAGAAACCUCAAACUUUAAAAAUGGUAAUUUGCUAAAUUCAAAAUUUCUUUUGUAAUUUCAGAUCAAAGGGAAUAAAAAAACUGAAGCUAAAUUAAUUUUUUGUGUUUAAUUUUAAGUAUAAAUCAGUAUUACCACACAGAUUUGUUUUCUGUCACUUGUCACAGAUGAUACAGAGCUCUCCUCAGAGGGCUGUUUAUUAAAAAAAAGGUAUACAAUGUAAUAUUUGAUCAAAUUAAUCCAAUAAGUCUAAUAUCAUAAAAAUAAACCUUUGUUGUAGGCUGUCUGUGGUACUUUGAUUAUGUGUCUAGUUAGAAAUGCAAAAACAAGAACAGACUUACUAAGCUUAAAUUUCUCUUCAAGGGUGUUUUGUUAAUUUUGCACAUUUAUACUAUUGUGUCUCAUAAAUGUAAAAGCAUUCUUAAUGUUUUUUUAAUGUACAGCUUAAGAAGGGCCAUCUAUAGGAUUGCUGAAAGUUUGUCAAAUAUUUUCUUUCAUUAAAUAAAACAGUGGAAUUUAAAAUGUUCAUUUUCUUCACUUCGUGGCUCCAAUUUUUACUCAUUUUCUUCAUCAUAGUCUACUUUUUCAGUUCCAGUAAAAACAUGUUGUAACUAACAAGACCUGUGCAAUAAAUGGCUCUUCAAUUUGC